ACGCACAUUUUCGGUUUAUAUUUACAACACGUGAGACAUUCAAAAAUAACCAAUAUGAGUACAUUAAGCACUAGGAGAACCGAUUUUAGCAGUCGUCGUAGCACCCGGAAAACCCACAGCGGUUCAACUUCGGUCGCCUACGACAUUUACUGCGUCAAUUUCUACGACAAUGGGCUGAAGGCAGUGCGUGAAGAGUUCAUAAAGCAGAUAAAGCUUGGCCUGCGACGAUUCCUAUUUGUGAUCGAUCUGGAUACUGAGUUGGAUGACGCUCACCUAACCAACCUGCUGCCUAGUCGUCUUUCAGACAAGUUUAAAAAAGAUGUUCUGCCCACGAAACCUUUGGAUUUGACCUUGCUGCGCAUACACGAUUGUUUGACCGAAUAUGACCUUGUGAACCGUCAGAUUGAAGCGGAGCUCAGCUUUAAUAUGCUCAAGUACUAUCAGAAGCAUGUGCCUGCCCAGCUCAAGGUGCGUUCGUUAGAUUCGAAAAAGGAUAAGUCAUCUGGCAUGGAAUCCAAACGUCGUCCCGUUACCAAAUCUAAGGAGACUACCGACACCAAAUCCUUGGGCAAGAUCUCGUGCUUUGGCGUCAAUGCCAAGGAGCAUCACAGAGUGGGCAAGGGCUACCCAUUAUCCAAGCGCUUGUAUAUUAAAGAUGCGCCCUUGAAUACGACAAUACUAAUUCUGAUCAUGGGUCGAAUGAACAAUGAUUUCUAUAUGGACCUGCUCGGACACGGUCAGCCACUGCGUGGCGUGGUGCAUUUUCUGCCCGAAGAAUGCGCCUAUGAUUUGCUGGUGCCACGUCCACGUCGUGAGAAGCAACUGCUCGAGACUAUCGAGAAAAUCCAAAGGGACAUUCAUGCGCUGCGCAAGCGAACGCUUACCAAGCCGGUGGGCAUAUUCCAACAACAGCUGCCACAGAUGUCCAAGUGCCAGUCGGUUAAAUAUGCCAGCAACAUAUUUGAUCAGCUAAGCUAUUAUAUGUACGAUAUGCAAAUGUUGCGGGAACAAUACGAGGAGUACUAUGUGAAGCCAUAUCGUGAGAUCAAUGUGAAAAUGAGUGCGGACACCAGCCUGCAGGACAGCUUUCAGAUGGUCGAUUCGCUGAGCAUUCAGGGACACUAUCUAAAGGAUGAGAUGCCGGCGGUGCAUGAUGACGAUGCCAACAUCUAUCUAUAUGUGGAAUCGCUGAUGUGCACAUUCGGUGAGCCGCGUGAUCUGAUGACUGAGAUGGAGGUCCUGUUGCUGGCCAAUCCGACAUCGGCUAUACAAACCAGAGUGCUGGACAAAAUAAAAGUCUAUGCGAAUGCCUUCAAGAGCAUCAUCAAGCUGAUGAAGAUCGAACGUUUGUUUGUGGAGCAGGCCAAUACGCUGCUCUGCAGCGUUGUGAGUUAUAUGGAUCAGGAACUAAUGCGGAAUAUCUAUCAUGCAUGCUUGGAGUACAAUGUGCUGCGUCGCUAUUUCAGCACGGGCUACAUUAUAGAGAAAAUUCAUUAUACGCCCUACAGUGCGGAUUUGGAGCCGCAGCAUUUGCCCAAAUAUGCCAAAUUGUAUCUAACCGAUGAUUCGGUCACUCAGCGCAUUAUCCAACUGAUCACGGAGUAUGACAAUUAUAAAGUUGAGGAAAUUCAUCCGAAUGUUAAGCUCUAUACAUUCAAGCGUGCCCUCAAUGAGGUUAUCGAGAAACAGGAAGAGAUAACUAUACCGACGCGGCUUUGUUUUCGCGAUUUUACGCUCUAUGAGAUGCAGCAGUUCCUGCACGACUUGGUCACGCCCCAGAUGUUUGAGACGGCCAUCGAGGUGAAGCAGCAGCAGGACCCGUUGUCGGAAUAUUUCAGCACGCUUACUUUGCUCUCGGAUGAGGAUGGGUCGAAACCGUACAAUUGCCCCAGCAAUAGGCCUUAUAGCGUAACGCCCAGCGUCUUCGUACGACCCAAAUCCUUGAAGGCCAAGAGGAUAACGGAACAGCAGCGGGAGCAGGAGAAAAGGGAGAAGAUGUCACCGCGCCCGUCAAGGCUGCGCAGCAAGGAGAGCUUUCGGGUGACAAAUAAAUCGAUGCGUAGUCUCAAUUCGCGCACCCCCGUCCAUUUAAAAGAUGGCUCCAAAAAUAGCAGCGAUCAGGAGAAGCCAACGUUUAUUGGACUGGGACCCGAUCAUCCCAUGCUCAGGGGCUACAAUCUGGACGAUGGGCGUCAAACCAUCAAAUCGAAAACCUCGAAAUAUUACUUUGAGGAGGGUCUGAUAACACUCUAUGAGGAGAAGUGGAACUUUCGCCAGAUGAACAAGUGCCUGUCCAUUGAGAUUGACAAGCAGACACUGCAUCUGACCAAUGAACCGGGCCAAAUGGGUGUCGUAGCGCCAAAUAUACGAUUGCGGACACCGAAUGGCAUUAGCCUGCGGGUGAGACCGAAGGACGAGGAGUGCGCCAAGGCGGUGCUCAACUAUCCCAAUGGAGUGAGCCUCUAUUGUCAUGAUACCCAUGCGGAGCAUCUGUGGUCGGGUCAGCAGAGCGAUCUCCACGAGAGUCGACGUGUCAGCACACCCUACGGCUGUGUCAUAGUCUUCUAUAACAAUACCGAUACGGUGGUGAUUAUGCGCUAUAAUGGCGAGGUUUAUCGCUUGUAUAGCUAUGUGGACGUCAAGGGGGAGGAGGAGGGCGAAGCGGAGGAUAAUACGAGUUUCAUAAAUGCCUGCUCCACACAAUCGACGUACAGCAGCUAUAAGCCGCUGCCGAAGCGUCAUUUAAAAAAAAAGAGACGCCAACGCAAUUCCAUUUCCCAGACCAGUCGGACCACAGGCGGGGCCGACAAAUUGGGCAGGAAAGCAACCAGUCUGACGCGCGACUCCAGUUCAACAUCGUCGCAAACUUUGGCCGCACGCGCUGCCAAGGCGGAGGCACGUCAAUCACAAAUGAAACAAUCGGCGGCGCUCUUUGCCAGCAUCGAUCCGGAACUGAAAUACUUGGAGUUCAUAAUGCAGCUCUUCAAUCUGAGCUAUAAGCACCUGAAGCUAAUCACCUCGCUGGGCAGCGUGGUGCAUGUGGAGCAGGGUAAGAUACAUUGCGCCAAACCGAUCCGUGUCACCGAAUGGCAUGAUUAUUUUGCCAACGAGAGCUAUGCCAUGCGGGACGAUGGUCUGCGCAUGGUCUGGACACAUAAUAGUCUCCGAUGCUAUCACAGCGAUGGCACCGUGAUCACCUCCACAGUUGUGGAUGGCUGGGAUAAGGGCAUAAUCGAGGAUGAUAUUGAUAAGCAAAUCAGUUCCAGCAGCUCGCACUUAACGCAUUUGAAGCUAAUUGAUCGCGAAUCAGACCAAUCGACUAUAAUAUUCAUUAAUGUGCCAGCAGGUGCAUCUAUUGCCGAUGAAAUCGAAGACUUGGGGAAGUUCAAUAUAAGGGAGCCAGAAUUAAUACAGGAAAUAGAGAUUGAGGAUCAGUAUAUUUAUGAUUAUAGCUUCACAACCUAUGAGCCGGACAGCUUUCUGAUACAGCACAAGUCCUAUGCUGGCACUCAAUUCAACUUUACACACAUCAACCAGACGGACUUGAAGCUGGAGACAAAGGUCAUUGCCGCUGAUAAUCUACAAUUUCGAAUUUAUCCAUUGGCAAAGAAUGAAAUUAUGGCAGAGAAUGGAUCGUCAAAUGGCGACGAAAGCCACGAAAAGCGAACCAGUAGAGAUCAAUUUUCAUCUGAAGCGGAUGCAGACGAGUGGAGCCGGUUAACUUAUAAAAGAACAUCAGAGACACCAGCACUUAUUCCGACGCUGCAUUAUAUUGUCGAUAUCGAAGCAUCCAAUCUUCAAUUAUCCGUUCGGGAGGAUCGCAUCGAGCUUCAUGCGCAGUUGCGAAAGUUUGGCUGCGAUGAGAACGUCCUCGUGGUGCGCGACAACAUUCAGCUAAAUGUGAACAUGAGCAAGAGCCUGUCCACAGUCUUUUCCGAUUGGGUCGAGGUGUUUUAUAAAUUUAUCAAUUGCGCCUGCCCCAAAUGGCGCACCGCCUACUUUGUGGAGUCCACAACUUCCGAUUGCCGCAAAAAGGGUCUAGAGCUGUUUAAAACUGUGCCCCCACUGGGUAAUUAUAAUUUCUGUGCGGGCAACUAUUUUAUUGAUCCGGAGGAGCUGAAAGCUGUUGAUGCAUGCAUGACUAGCAAUAUAACCUGGCAGAAGGAAGACAUGCUUAAGUUUCCACGCUUUGAAGUUAAAAAGCAAGUCCCAAAAAUAAUACAAUUUCCCACUGUACUCAGCACCAGAAUAUUUGUGGAAAUACCUGCUCAGUUGGCCUACACCGAUCGCAUACACAUGUUUAUUUAUCCAUUCGAGAAAGUCAAGUUUAGAAAAUUAAAGCACCGAUUCAGCGAGGCCUUGAUCUUUCAUUUGCAUCCGCAUCUACGUGAUCUCGUGCACAAGGAGAUCAGCAAUCGCAGUUGGCGUAAUGCUCAUAUGGAGAACAAGCGUCGAGCAUUUUUGGAACAGCAGCGCCUUAGCCUAUAUGUGGCUAUGCUUAAGCACAAAGUGUAUCCCAAUUACUUUCAGUUUAAGGAUCAAUACCACAGUCAUGUGCGCAACAUUGAUUUCUUUGAGUUUAUGGCCGCCAAAUGCAAUGAGAAGACCAACCCGGAGCACUAUGAAAACGCCAAUGCUGAUGAAGAGCCUGAAACUCCUGUCAAGGAACAGACCAUGGGCAAUGAACAAAGGGGUCGUCGCAAAAAGUGUUUGUGCCCCAAAUACGAGAAAUCCUUCAAAUAGAACGCGUUUUGUGUUGCAGAUUAUAUGAAGUGUAAUAAAUAUUUU